GGAGUGAAUCUGGCUGAUAUGUUUAUAUUACUGAUAGUCCCUGAGAAAGAACAACUUCAAAAACUCACAUUCAAUUUUUACAGUUGUCAUAAAUCAUAGGAGGACUCCACCUUGUCUAUAUUCACGGCAGUUAGUGUGCGAAAGUACCAUGACAAUAAAUGUGCAACUUAAAGCUGCUGGAUUUCUUUGUUUGCUCAUAAUUGGGAUUCCUGCCAAUAUUUCACUUAUGCUGGGAUUUGCUCACAUUGGUCUCUUAGAGAAAAAGCUCUUACCAGCCAACAUAAUAAGGAUGUCACUUUCAUUCGCUAAUCUCUUAGUUCUGAUUUCUCGCAUUGUACCACAAGCCUUAUUCUCCAUCGGACUAAAGCAUUUACUCAAUGACCAACAGUGCAAAUUAUUUAUUUUUGUUUUCAGAGUAAGCAGAGCCAUGUCCAUUUGUAUAACCAGUUUCCUUAGCUGUCACCAGUGUAUAAUUAUUGCUCCUGCCACAGGAAAAUGGAUAUACCUCAAACAAAUGGUCAGUAGUUAUGCAAUAAACAUAAUUUCUUUACUCUUGGCUAUGAAUAUGGCUAUUUACCCUUUUGCAAUUUUGUUUGGACGGACAACAACGAAUGAAACACUAUCACCAUACACACUGCACUUAGUAUAUUGUGAUGUUGAUUUUAUGAGUUAUGCAUAUUACAUGUUAAGUGGUUUGUUAUCUGCAAUUCGAGACAUUCUGUGUGUUGGACUGAUGGUUCUCUCCAGCAUGUACAUGGUGUAUGUUCUCUUCCGCCAUGGGAAAUCAAUGAAAGGCAAACGCAGUUCUGACAAGGGACAACGAAAGACAGUUGAAUACAAGGCAUCAAGAGCUGUCAUCUUGUUGGUUACAAUGUACAUGGCCUUGUUUGGCAUGGAUAAUUCAUUUUGGAUCUACACGUUGACCAUGACUAAUGUGGAUCCAGAUGUAAGUGAUACUAGAGUGUUCCUUGCUGCAUCAUUUGCUGCCCUGAGUCCUAUUCAUAUCUUUGCAACCACUCCUAAAUUACACUUUUUCUUUCAAAGUCCAUUCAAAAAGCGAACUAUUGAUGUACAGACUAUUAUUACAAAUGAUAUACAGACUAUUAUAACAAAUGAAAACAGAAAUACUGUACAGAACUCACAUAAUGGAGUUUAA